AUGUCGACCAAUUGCCAGCCUGUGGUGGAACCAGAGACAGAACCUAUCGCCAACAGCAUCAAGAAUGCUCGUGAGAGUACUAAAGCCGUGACGGCCAAAGUACGGUCCUCGCUGACCAGCUUGACGCCACGCGAGAACAUCUACAAUCUCCCAAACCUCCUCACCGUCACUCGCCUCGUCGCAGCACCAGUGACGGCAUAUCUCCUCUUGCAUGACCAUUACAAGUGGGCACUGGCACUCUUCGCUUACGCCGGCAUUACCGAUUUGGUAGAUGGCUGGUUGGCGCGAAGAUGGAAGCUGCAGACGGUGGCCGGCAGCGUCAUGGAUCCUAUGGCUGACAAGGCUCUCAUGAUUAUCCUGACUGUCACGUUGGCUGUCAAAGGUGCGCUGCCAUUGUACCUCGCUACGCUUAUCCUUGGGAGAGAUGCUUCGUUGGCUGUUGCGGCGAUUUACUAUCGAUAUGCUUCUUUGCCUGCACCCAAGACGUUCGCGCGGUACUGGGACUUCUCCUUGCCAUCGGCAGAAGUGCAUCCGACUACCGUAUCGAAGUACAACACCUUCCUGCAGUUGAUGUUGAUCGGCUCGACUUUGGCCUUGCCUGUGGUGACUGUGGGUGGGCAAGGAGCUGCAGUGUUGCAAAGUCUUGGGAUAGGUGACCUUGACUUGCAUCAGAGCAUGCAAUACUACCAGUGGCUUGUGGCGGGUACGACUGCAUGGAGCGGGCUGAGCUACGCCUUCCUCAAGAACGCUGUCACGAUCAUGGGCACGGAUGAGAAGCUCAAGGCGAAGCAGGGCGCUCGUGGACGUGCAGUCAUUGGCGUCACCUUCGGGAGUGUGGUUGCUGCUGCGACGUGGAUUGCUAUCAAUGUAGAUGAGGCUGUAGAUGUGGAUGCUGUGGAGGUAGAGAUGAAGUAG